CUUGGUAGAUAUCCCCAGGGGUAUUUAUGCUAUCUGGUGGAGGUGCGAGUCAUGGAGGACUGCAAAACAAGCAGCUUGACGCCUUCUGUCCGUUCCUGGCGGAUGCCACGAGAGAAGAAGAGUGCUUCCUUGGUCUAUCUUCUUGUUGGGACGUUGUGUCUCCUAUGGUGGACGCUGCCAGCUCUGAAGGGAGACUCGGUUCCAGUGUCAAUACCGACGAUAACACCCGCCGCGAAGCCCUUUAGUUGGGAAAACAUCAGUCCCUCCAAAUCGCUAGAGUACCAUGGUUGUGGAGAUGGAUUCCAAUGUACCCGGCUCGAAGUGCCGAUGGAUUACAAUCGAACCGAUACCACGCGAGGGCGAACAUUUGCUCUAGCGGUAGUUCGGAUUCCAGCCAUAGUCCCCAUCGAUGAUCCUCGUUAUGGGGGAGCCAUGUUAAUCAACCCUGGUGGCCCCGGUGGUCCUGGAACUCUACAAGCAUUCUUAUCAGGUCGGAAUUUACAGACCAUCGUCGACUCCGAGAAUGACCCGAGUACAGUCCCACUCAACGCGAGCGAUAAGUACUUCGACAUCAUCGGAUUUGAUCCUAGAGGCGUUGGGUCCACUACGCCGGCAAUAACGUGUUUUCCCGACUCGAUUUCUCAACGGAAUUGGGAGUUACAGGUUGAUGCCGAGGGGAUGCUGGGUAGUGGCCCAAAGUCCUUGGAGGAAAACUGGCUACGGACGCACGCGCUGAACUCUGGAUGUUCCGUUUACGAGAUGACUGCUGAUGGAGCGCAGGGUGAUGAGGUGAUGAUGGAUUACGUGAGCACUGCACUAGUAGCUCGGGAUAUGAUUACUAUAAUCGAGCGCCAUGGUGAAUGGCGCGAGAAACAAGGUCAAUUAGCCCAGAAGGCAUUUGAUCUGAAACAUGGCCCAGAUGUGUCGCGUGCUAUUCUGAGACGCACUCAAUGGCAUGUUGACAGGGAACCGCUCUUAUACUGGGGUCGGUCUUACGGGACUCUCCUGGGCACAACCUUUGCUGCACUUCAUCCUGAUCGAAUUGCUCGAGCGGUCCUCGAUGGCGUGGUCAAUAUGGACAGGUACUACGAGGGACGGGGACCGAACGUAGUCAUGGACGCUGAUGCCAUUUUCGAUCGUUUCGGCGAGUACUGCCACGAAGCCGGGCCCGAGGGAUGUCCCCUUUACGCAGAAGGGGGAUCCGACACGAUCAACGAUGCCUACUGGACCAUCGAAAACCAACUCCUAAACACCUCCCUCCCGGUGAUGGCAUCUGCCACCCGGGGUCCGGAAGUUGUGACCUGGACAGAUCUAAAGAACAUCCUCCGUGUUGCGGUCUAUCAGCCUUUACUCGCAUUCCAUGUGUUGGCAGGCCAUGUUAGCGAGCUUGCGAAGGGAAAUGCAGUCACGAUAGCGGAUUUCAAACAUCGCAGACAUUUCGGAGCUUGUCCGUCUCCUGAGUGUCAAUUAGCAGGGCCGUGGUCUUCGCAAUGUGCCAGCGGGCUGGAUAACACUCUGUACGCGAGCGCGGCGAUCCUUUGUACGGAUGCUGAGUAUAUGACAAAUUUCACCUUGGAUGAGUUUCGGGAGCUUUGGGCUGGCUUAGUGAGUGAUAGUCGGACUGUGGGAGAUUAUUGGGCUCAGGUUCAUUUGUCUUGUGUGGGAUGGAAGGCGAAAGCAAAGUACAAGUUCACGGGUCCAUGGGGUGGAGUUACCGCACACCCAAUGCUGUUCGUCUCAAAUACCCUUGACCCGGUCACUCCCUUGCACAGCGCAAAACAUAUGGCCAAGCAGUUCUCCGGGUCUGUAUUACUCGAGCAAGAUUCCGAAGGGCACACCACCAUCGCCGCCCCCUCAUUAUGCGUCGCAAAGGCGAUCCGCAACUACUUCCAAACUGGCGAACUGCCUGCCGUCGGUACUCUCUGCGAGGCGGACUUAAAGCCGCUGGUCGGCUCCCAUCAGCAAGUCAAGGCGCAAGAUCUCACCUGCGCUGACCGAAAGCUCAUGGACGCACUAAUGGCUGAGGUUGAACAUGGAUUCCUCCCAAAUGUGCAACUAUGACUGGACUUUUAGUAAUCAUGAUGGGCUUAUGCCGUCUUGUUGUCGGCGUCCUUUCGGAAUUCAAACCAUCUUUUGAUGGGUUGAGCGACAAAGUCACUGUCGAUCAGAACUUGUGUAUCAUUUUAGAGCGUGCGAGAGCGUGCGUCGUUAUUUAUGCAUUUGUGUCAGUAACCAGCGAUUGAAUUGAAUGGAC